GCCUGAGGAAGAGGAAGGGGACGAGGACAACGAGCGACUGGGCGGCGGAGGACGAGGAGGAGGAAGAGGAGGCAGACCAACAAGAUGGCCCCUGCUGCAGGAGCAGCCUCAGCAGCAGCAGGUGGGAGGCCGGAGGCGGUGCUGGCGGUGGCGGCGGCAGCCGUGGCCCGGCGGCCUGGGACAGAAUCUGAGUCAACGGUGGCAGCGGCGGCGGCGGCGGCUGCCGCGGCGGUGGCGACGGCCGCGGGGACUCGGAGCUGAGAGGAGCUGCUGCUCGGACCAGCGCGGUUAUAUUUCACACUAUGUGCUGACUGUAUCUACAGAAGAUAUUUAAAAAAAAAAAAAAGAUAAACUUUUUUUCAAAGAUUUUGAUUCCAGUGGAAUCUUUGCUUUAGAUUUGCGUGUGUGUUUGUGUUUGUGAAUUGUAACUCCAGAAGCAAUGCCUGUACAAGCUCCACAAUGGACGGAUUUCCUCUCCUGCCCAAUUUGCACUCAGACUUUCGACGAAACAAUUCGAAAGCCCAUCAGUUUGGGUUGUGGCCAUACUGUCUGCAAGAUGUGCCUGAAUAAACUCCACCGCAAGGCUUGCCCAUUUGACCAGACCACUAUCAAUACAGACAUUGAGCUCCUCCCUGUGAACUCAGCAUUGCUGCAGCUCGUGGGUGCUCAGGUCCCUGAGCAGCAACCUAUUACUUUGUGUAGUGGAGUUGAAGACACAAAGCAUUAUGAGGAAGCUAAGAAAUGUGUAGAAGAAUUAGCAUUGUACUUAAAACCGCUCAGCAGUGCUAGAGGAGUGGGUCUGAACAGCACUACUCAGAGUGUUCUGAGUCGCCCAAUGCAGAGGAAGCUUGUGACUCUAGUCCACUGUCAACUAGUAGAAGAAGAAGGCAGGAUUCGUGCCAUGAGGGCAGCUCGAUCUUUAGGUGAACGAACAGUUACAGAGCUCAUUCUCCAGCACCAGAAUCCUCAGCAACUUUCUUCCAAUCUUUGGGCAGCAGUAAGGGCUAGAGGAUGCCAGUUCCUUGGACCAGCAAUGCAGGAGGAAGCUUUAAAGCUGGUUCUGCUGGCCUUAGAAGAUGGUUCUGCUUUGUCAAGAAAAGUAUUGGUUCUCUUUGUGGUGCAAAGGUUGGAGCCACGGUUUCCUCAAGCCUCUAAAACUAGCAUUGGGCAUGUUGUUCAGCUCCUUUAUAGAGCCUCCUGUUUCAAGGUCACCAAACGUGAUGAAGACUCUUCUUUGAUGCAGCUGAAAGAAGAAUUUAGAACUUAUGAAGCUCUACGGCGAGAACAUGACUCCCAGAUAGUGCAGAUUGCUAUGGAAGCAGGCUUACGAAUUGCACCAGACCAAUGGUCCUCUUUACUUUAUGGAGACCAGUCUCACAAAUCUCAUAUGCAGUCCAUUAUUGACAAGUUGCAGACCCCAGCCUCUUUUGCACAGAGUGUUCAGGAACUAACAAUUGCUCUCCAGCGGACUGGAGACCCAGCAAACUUGAACCGACUAAGACCCCAUUUGGAGCUGUUAGCAAACAUUGACCCUAGUCCAGAUGCUCCUCCUCCUACUUGGGAACAGCUGGAAAAUGGGCUGGUUGCUGUGCGUACAGUGGUACAUGGGCUGGUUGAUUAUAUCCAGAACCACAGCAAAAAAGGAGCAGAUCAGCAGCAGCCUCCACAGCAUAGCAAAUACAAAACAUACAUGUGUCGAGAUAUGAAGCAGAGAGGAGGAUGCCCUCGUGGGGCCAGCUGUACGUUUGCACACUCACAGGAGGAACUGGAAAAAUUUCGUAAAAUGAACAAGCGCCUGGUUCCAAGAAGACCCUUGAGUGCCUCUUUGGGUCAACUUAAUGAGGUGGGCCUGCCUUCAGCAGCUAUCCUUCCAGAUGAAGGUGCAGUGGAUCUCCCUAGCAGAAAACCUCCUGCUCUGCCAAAUGGAAUUGUAUCAACAGGGAAUACAGUAACACAGCUUAUUCCACGAGGGACAGACCCCAGCUAUGAUUCUAGUCUGAAACCAGGAAAAAUAGAUCAUCUGAGCAGUAGUGCUCCUGGAUCCCCUCCUGACCUGCUAGAAUCUGUUCCUAAGAGUAUCUCUGCCUUACCUGUGAAUCCACAUCCUAUACCUCCAAGGGGGCCAACAGAUCUGCCUCCAAUGCCUGUCACCAAACCACUUCAGAUGGUACCUCGAGGUUCUCAGUUAUAUCCAGCACAACAGACAGAUGUUUAUUAUCAGGAUCCGCGAGGAGCGGCUCCACCAUUUGAACCAGCACCUUAUCAGCAGGGUAUGUAUUAUACUCCACCACCACAAUGUGUGUCCCGCUUUGUCCGACCUCCACCAUCCGCUCCUGAACCUGCUCCUCCCUACUUGGAUCAUUAUCCACCCUACCUCCAAGAUCGUGUUGUAAACUCUCAGUAUGGCACACAGCCACAGCAGUACCCACCUAUAUACCCAUCUCACUAUGAUAGCCGUCGAGUGUACCCUGCUCAGUCUUACACAAGAGAAGAGAUAUUCCGAGAAAGCCCUAUACCCAUUGAGAUUCCACCUGCAGCAGUACCAUCGUAUGUACCAGAAUCCAGAGAAAGAUACCAACAGAUCGAGAGUUACUAUCCAGUGGCUCCUCAUCCAACUCAGAUCAGACCUUCGUACCUCAGAGAACCUCCUUAUAGCCGGCUUCCUCCUCCUCCCCAGCCUCAUCCUAGUCUAGAUGAACUACAUCGCCGACGAAAGGAAAUAAUGGCCCAGCUAGAGGAAAGAAAGGUUAUCUCUCCACCUCCUUUUGCACCUUCACCAACCUUGCCUCCUACCUUUCAUCCAGAAGAAUUUUUGGAUGAAGACUUGAAGGUAGCUGGGAAAUACAAAGGAAAUGAUUAUAGCCAAUACUCUCCCUGGUCAUGUGACACCAUCGGCUCCUACAUUGGAACCAAAGAUGCAAAACCCAAAGAUGUUGUGGCAGCAGGGAGUGUGGAAAUGAUGAAUGUGGAGAGUAAAGGGAUGAGGGACCAGCGAUUAGAUCUUCAGAGAAGAGCAGCAGAAACCAGUGAUGAUGACCUCAUCCCAUUUGGAGACCGACCAACAGUGUCUCGGUUUGGUGCCAUCUCACGAACUUCCAAAACUAUAUAUCAGGGUGCUGGUCCAAUGCAGGCUAUGGCACCUCAGGGAGCUCCUACAAAAUCUGUUAACAUUUCAGAUUAUAGUCCAUAUGGAACCCAUGGUGGCUGGGGAGGUUCUCCAUAUUCACCUCAUCAAAACAUACCUUCUCAGGGACACUUCAGUGAGAGGGAGAGAAUAUCUAUGUCAGAAGUGGCCAGUCAUGGAAAACCCCUUCCAUCUGCUGAGAGAGAACAGCUACGACUAGAAUUGCAACAAUUGAACCAUCAGAUUAGCCAGCAGACCCAGCUACGUGGACUAGAGGCUGUUAGUAACAGGCUGGUGUUGCAGAGGGAGGCAAACACCCUGGCAGGCCAGUCACAGCCCUCACCACCGCCACCUCCAAAAUGGCCUGGAAUGAUCUCAAGUGAGCAGUUGAGCUUGGAACUGCACCAGGUGGAAAGGGAAAUCGGGAAGAGAACACGGGAACUGAGUAUGGAAAACCAGUGUUCUCUGGACAUGAAAAGCAAACUGAAUACAAGUAAACAAGCCGAAAAUGGACAACCAGAACCACAAAACAAGGUUCCAGCUGAGGACCUUACAUUGACAUUCAGCAGUGAUGUACCAAAUGGAUCAGCCUUGACACAAGAGAAUAUCAGCCUCCUAUCAAACAAGACCAGCUCUCUGAACCUAUCAGAGGACCCUGAGGGAGGAGGGGAUAACAAUGACUCCCAGAGAUCAGGAGUUACUCCCAGUUCUGCUCCUUAAAAUAUGAGGAGUCCUACUUUUAUCUUCUGCUCCUAAUCAGUUUGUCGGGCAUAGGGGUAGGAGAACGCAUAACUUCUAAACUGUUUCUCUUAAGAGCGGUCAGAGAAAUCCAGGAAAUUCACCAGAGGCAAUGUGCACAAACACCACUACUAAAAACACACCCUGCACAUAGUUCACAUUAAUGCAUUUUUUUAAUUUAAAGAAAAAGAAAAUUAGCAGUAUCUGCAAGCAAUUCAGAUUAAAUUUGUUUUUGUUCUGUGAAUGAACUUUAUUUUAAUAACUUUGGACGCCUUGGAUCCAGGGCUUUAAAAAAAAAAAAAGAUAUUAUAUAUACACUCUGUUUGAUUAAUUGUAUGAUCUUAAUGAAGUAGGUUUUCUUGUAUUUUGGUAUUACAUACCCAGUGUAUAAUUUGUAUAAUUCCUUACCCCCAAUCCUUAUCAAUUCUCACCACCCCGUAAACUUAAAACAGACCAAAAACAUCAGCUUUCAGAGAAUUCUGUGGUGCUUGAGAAACAGACAGUACUAGACUGAGUUAUUAGAAAAUGUGCAGCAAACCAACUUUUCCCAGAGCUGUUAUUUGGAAUUCUUUAUCCCUUUCUAGAUCACUAGCUUCACUAUAAAGGUAUGUUUUUCUUGACAUUGAAAUUUUUUGUUUGUUUGGGAGGGUUUUAUUUCUUGUUUUUAUUUUCAACUUUUCAAAGAGAAUUACCAACUUUUGAAGUCCUCAUUUUCAUAUUAAGGAUCAUUUACAUUUUCUGAAUAUAAUGAGAAAGCUCAGUCAGUAUUUAAUUAGAUUUAAAUGUUGAUUAAGAAUUAACUAUAACUUGUUAGCACUGAAAAUACAUGUUUGGUGAUUCACCUGCAUUCAACUCAUGGUUGGAAAUUUGAAGCAGUGCUUUUCAAAUUAAACUUUUGCUAAAAUCAUAGGAUGCUCAAAAACCAGGACAAUCAACCACAUUUUAAAACUGCAACAUUUGAUUUGAACUUAAAAUGAAUAGAACCACAUUAUUUCAAUGGGUGUUUUUGUUUUACGUGUAAACUGAUUGAGUCUUAAGGGUAGUUUAUGAAUUGAUCACUUGUUACUCAGAAUCAUUAGUAUAAGUAGGUAGGAAAUAGUUUGAAGUCAUUUUUCAUAGACUUAGCUGUCCAAUGUUGAAAAUGUUUCUUCAUGAAAAUGUUGAAAAGAGUAAGGAAUUUUUUUUUACUAUUAUUCUGCUGCACAUAUUCUGAUGCCAUGUGUCUGUGCUUAACUAAGACCCUGUAAAACAUGUUUAGUGGGGACUGUUUGAUACAGUCGCCCUCUCCAUUCAUCUAUUUGCCUGAUUUUUUCAGUUUCCCUUUCUGGAUUUUACUACUAAAUUAGAAAGCACUGGUUAUGUAAUAAGUUACUACAUUGCUUUGGUUGGGUAAAAACGAGAGUUUA